UUCCUGCUGUACUGUACACAGCAGGGCUCACACAAGAAAGAGAGCGAUAUAAGGAUUAGCAGGGCUCACACAAGAAAGAGAGCGAUAUAAGGAUUAGCAGGGCUCACACAAGAAAGAGAGCGAUAUAAGGAUUAGCAGGGCUCACACAAGAAAGAGAGCGAUAUAAGGAUUAGCAGGGCUCACACAAGAAAGAGAGCGAUAUAAGGAUUAGCAGGGCUCACACAAGAAAGAGAGCGAUAUAAGGAUUAGCAGGGCUCACACAAGAAAGAGAGCGAUAUAAGGAUUAGCAGGGCUCACACAAGAAAGAGAGCGAUAUAAGGAUUAGCAGGGCUCACACAAGAAAGAGAGCGAUAUAAGGAUUAGCAGGGCUCACACAAGAAAGAGAGCAAUAUAAGGAUUAGCAGGGCUCACACAAGAAAGAGAGCGAUAUAAGGAUUAGCAGGGCUCACACAAGAAAGAGAGCGAUAUAAGGAUUUUCAGGUAUGCUGUGCUAGAAGAGAGGAAGCACAGGCAGAGACUUUUAGAGAACAUUUUUGGCGUGCUGUUCUGGAAUAGUGAGAAAACAGAGAGAUAUAAAACAACGGAAGAAGGUCCAUUCUCUUAACGAUGUCUGCGGCAGGCUUUGCAUCCUCAAAAAACUACAAUGGCCCACCACCCAGCUAUGACGCUAUCUCACCACUAACCAACCAGCCGGACACAUUUAAUUCUGCAGUCUUUAGCAACCCAAUAAAGGGUAUAUCUCCUGGACUGGAAUGUCUUACCCAGGUAAACCAACUUCUGGUGCAAGAAAAAUUUACAACAGCUCAGAGGAUUGGGCGUGCUUUCCAGGUUAUGAAUGAAGCAGGGCAGCAAAUGUUUCAGGCCAAUGAACAAGUACGUUGCUGCCGUUCUGUGCCUGACUUAACCUUUCGAGACCCUAGUGGGAGAGGUGUAAUAGAUGUGACCCAGAACUGCAAAUGCUCCUGCUCAGAAAUAGUGAUUGAGGUCAAUGCAUCCCCUGGACAAUGUAUAGGGUAUGUCGCCUGGAUGUGGAACACAUUUGCCACACACAUAGUAGUGAAGAAUAUCAACCAGGAGGCCAUACUGCUGAUUCUUGGUCCAGGAUUGCAGACCUGCAUCUUCGGGAACGUCAACUUUGAGAUUAAAUCCAGGGAUGAGCAGCACACUGUUGGGAUGAUCAGAAGUGAAAAUGACACAUUUGUAGUGUCAUUCCCAGUCGACCUGGAUGUGACAAUAAAAGCCCUGUUACUGGCAGCAGGCUAUUAUUUGAACACUGCUAUUUAUGGAAAGAGGAGACAGGUGGCGAACAGACCCAGCAAUUGAUACCAGUGGUUUGAAGGAAUUUGCUUGCUUUUAUGUAUUGCUCAAACUGUAAACUGUAACUGAUCCCCUCAGAUCUUUUGGUCAAGUCUUGAAGACUAUUUUUUUGGUAUAUAAUUGAGUGAAACUAGUUUAAUUUUAAACUUGUUGCCCCUGAAAAUGCAGAGAACAGCUAGUUCCAAGCAGAUACAGCCGGUAAGCCAAUCAGCACAGUGAUAGUCAUACAACCAAACUGUGCAGCCACCACUGCUGAUUGGCUCAGCUGCUGUAUCCAAUCAGGGCCAAGUCAAGGAAAGUCCAGCACACAUGUACCAACUGCACGCUGCCAGGGAUCCUGCAAACCCAAACGGUAGAUAAAGUAGAAAAGGCAGCAGCAUAAAUUUUCACCAAGUUUAUUUGGC